AUGAAGCUCUCACAAUCGUACAAAUCAAACGGAUCUCAAUCUUAUUCAAAGAUAUAUGUGCACAUAGGCUUUGCUGCUGGCGACGCUCUCAAUGAAGAACUUCAGGCUGUAAAACUCGGGCUUAAACGCUUGCACUUGGAGGUGGAUUCAAAGAAACAGGUGGACUCUGAUGAUUGGUUUGUUCACUUCCGAAAGACGUAG